AUGGCCCCCAAGCUCAAGAUUGCAGCAAUCCAAGCAGAGCCGGCCUGGCAAGACCUCGAAGGCGGCGUCACCAAGUCCAUCGCCCUGAUCGAAGAGGCGGCCAAGCAAGGUGCCAACGUCGUAGGAUUCCCUGAGGUCUUCAUUCCCGGAUACCCAUGGAGUAUCUGGGCCAAGUCUCCCACGGAAAACGCCGCUUUCAUGGACCAGUACUUUCGUAACUCUCUCGUCAAGGACUCGGACGAGAUGAAGCGCAUCUGCGCUGCCGUCAAGGAGGCUGGGGUUUUUGUCGUGCUCGGCUACAGCGAGCGAUUCAAGAACACUCUGUACAUCGCCCAGUCCUUCAUCGACGAGAAUGGUGUCAUUGUCCACCACCGCCGCAAGAUUAAGCCCACCCACGUCGAGCGCGCCUAUUGGGGCGACGGCCAAGGCGAGUCCCUCCAGACCGUCGUGCCAAGCACCCUACACCCGUCUGUCAAGAUUGGCGGGCUCAACUGCUGGGAGCACACGCAAACCCUCCUCCGGUACUACGAGUAUGAGCAGAACGUCGACCUCCACGUCUCCAGCUGGCCGGCCAUCUGGCCGCAGCCGACUACGAAAGACGGCAAGCGAGACCCGGAUUGGCCAGGCCAUAUCACGGACAUGAUGAGCAUGCGGUUCUCGCAGGUCCUCGCGCUCGAGGGCACAUGCUUCGUGAUGGUCUGCACGCAGGUCGUCAGCGAGGAAUCGAGGAAGAAGUGCCGCAUCGAGGAAUUCGGGUUCACGACCAACACGCCUGGGGGUGGCGGCGGGUUCAGCAUGAUUUAUUCCCCCUGGGGCGACGAGCUCGUCGAGCGGCCACCGCCCGGGGAGGAGUGCAUCCUGUACGCCGAUGUUGAUUUAGCGGAGAAGGCCAAGGCGAAGCAGAACCUGGACAUCGUGGGACACUAUUGCCGGCCUGACCAGCUAAGCCUGCGGGUUAACAAGUAUGCUGCACGGCCUGUCUUCUACGCGGCUGAGCCUUGA